AUAAACCCUCACGUGACUUUUUCAUUGUAAUAAAAUCUCUUCACCUACCGUAAUGUCUUUUGGGCUGUCUAUGGAAUCUGUUUGUCCGCCACGCGCUUUCCCCUCACGCGCUUCCGCACACAGAACCAAGAUUCCCCCCUUCCCGGCGUUGCGGUUCGGCGGCCGGCGGAUCCCGAAGUCUGUGAAAUGCGGCGGAAGGGGCGCGCCGGCACCGGAGUGGGAAAGGAAACUGGCGGAGGAAGUGGUGGGGAUGGGGAUAGUGAGAGAGAAGUGUAAGGAGGUGAAGGGUGGGGUGGCUGAGCUGUUGGAAUGUCUGGAGAGGGAGGCGAUAAUGGGCGACGAUGAAGGAAGAGAGCCGUCGGAUUACAAUCGGAGGGCCCAGAUUUUCGACAAGAGCUCGGUAAUUUUCCAGGCUCUCAAGAAUGGGACGAUUCUGGAUGAGGAUGAAGAUUCUUGUAUACCUUCCAGAACAGAGUAGAACAAGUGAUUGUGUUGUUUUAGCUCCUAUCCUUAACUGUUAGCGGUUUAAUGCUUCAAAUUCAUAUCGAGGUAAGGGUCAGAUCGGUAUUCAAAGUUGUAUAAAAAGUGUCAAAUAAGUCCUUAUGUAGAAGACUUUGUCCGGCUGUCGCCAUUUGGGGCGGUUUUCGGUGGAAUUUUUUGACGAAUUUUUUUGAGCAUCUUAUUCAUUAAGUCUAAUUUACUCAUACCAAAUUUCAUCUAAAAAUUCAACCAGGAAGGCAUUCAAAUGAAUUCGUGAAGAUAAUUGUGCAGUUAAAAGCGCAGUUAUCUUGAAGAAUUCAUUUGAAUACCUCCCUGAUUGAAUUUUUAGCUGAAAUUUAAUAUGACUAAACAAGACUUAAUGAAUAAGAUGCUAAAAAAAAUUCAUCAAAAAAUUCCAACGGGAACCACCUCAAAUGGUGACGGCCAAACAAUAAGGACUUAUUUGACCCUUUUUAUGCAACUUCGAAUACCAAUCCGACCCUUACCGAAUUCAUAUAUAUUCGUGAUAUACUCUGGUAUUACUCAUAGAUAGUGCUAUCCUGAUUCUGAAAUGUAUUCGAAAAUGUAUCGAAGUUCUUUCAUCUAAUAUUUUAAAAGAACAAGAGCCUGUUUGGAGAA